GUUUUGAUGAAGGACCCAACAUGUGGAAUUGCGUGAACUGCCCUGAGAAGAGACAUCUCUAUUUCUAGCGAAAAAAUCGUGUUAUUGUUAUUGAAAAUAGCGUAGACUAGACUUUGCCACUGGCAAGUUUAAGGCAAUUUUGUUUGAGCUUUGAUAACAAUGUCAUGUUUUAGAGGUGACUUUAACUUUUGCCCUGAAUGUGGGAACAUUCUCCCAGUGCCUGGAAGGGGAAAUACUAUUACCUGCCCUCGAUGCUCUUUUGAAAUCGCUGUUCGAGAAUUCACAGAUCAGGUUAUUAAGUCAUCGGUGGUGUUUAAUCCUUUGGACCAGAGCUCCAGCGUUGGUGAAAGUGCCGAAGAUGCUGAAUUGAAGGGGCCAGUGAUUGACAGGAGAUGUUCUCGCUGUAAUAAAGAGGGAAUGGUGUAUCAUACAAGACAGAUGAGAUCUGCAGAUGAAGGGCAGACAGUCUUCUUCACAUGUAUACACUGCAGGUUCCAAGAAAAGGAAGAUUCAUGAGAAAAUUAUCUUUGCUGCUGUUGUUGUCAUUUACAUUCAUUGGUUGCCAGAAUUUCAAUAGUAUGAAAUAUUAAAAAUGUUUUUAUUUGUCCACAAUGUUAUUAAAAAUAAUAAUAAAAUAAAAAGAAUGUG